CACCAAAGGCGACCAGGGAAAGAUGCUCCGGGACAACUUUGAAUGGCGUGAAGCUGUCCACGCGUCGGCGAGUUAGCUGCAUUACUUUGGUUUUUGCGUUUAUUGAAAGCGCCCUGUUUUCGUUCGGAUUCCACCAUGAAGGUGGUGUGUUCUAUCGAAUAAGACUACAGGACUUGAGUUUUAUUCUUGAUUUUUGUCCCCCCUUUUAAUAACAAAAAGAAGGCAACAUGUUUGAAGUUUCUGGGAUUCCAUACAUCUUGCUGGACAUUACUUGUCUCAUACUCGUGGGACUCCCAUUCUUCAUCCUCACUCCUCAGCAUUGCCCGUUCAAACGAGGCUUCUUCUGUGAUGACGAGUCCAUCCGCUACCCCCUCAAAGAGGACACCAUUUCCUACCAGCUCCUUGGGGGGGUCAUGAUCCCCUUCACGCUCAUUGUUAUCAUCUGUGGGGAGUGUCUGUCUAUCUACCUGUCCCACACCAAGAGCAAGACGCUUGGCCACAAAUACACAGCGUGUGUCUACAAGGCCGUGGGCUGCUACUUAUUCGGGGCGGCGGCCAGCCAGUCGCUGACGGACAUCGCCAAGUACUCCGUGGGGCGUCUGCGGCCGCACUUUCUUGCCGUGUGCAAGCCCAGGUGGGAUCUCAUCAAUUGCAAAGCUGGUGGAUACGUGGAGAACAUCACCUGUACCGGGGACCAGUUCCUGGUGGAGGAAGCCAGGCUGUCCUUCUAUUCUGGUCAUUCAUCGUUCUCCAUGUACUGUAUGCUGUUUCUUGCUUUGUACAUCCAUGCCAGGCUGAAGACUAAGUGGGCGAGGCUUCUACGGCCCACCAUGCAGUUUUUUCUUCUCACCACCGCCGUCUACGUGGGUCUGUCCCGCGUGUCCGACUACAAGCACCACUGGACCGACGUACUUGCCGGCCUCCUGCAGGGCGGCGCUGUGGCCUCCUUCACGGUGUUCUGUGUGUCCAACUUCUUCCGGCAGCCCCUCGAGGCGGGCGUGUCCCAGGAGGAAGGAGGCCAGCACACCGGUUUACAUGACAACCCACCCAAUUCCAACCACUAUGGCAGCACUGACUGAACGACCCCCCACCUCCCCUCACAGAAUGACCCCGGUAGGAGGAACAAUUGGGUAGGGAGGCAGCACAUGCACUUUACUUACUCACAAAGCCUUUUUAGGUUUGAUGCUGCCUAGCAGGAGGGACUUUUUACAACAGCGUGCCAUGGGUGGACAUAUGGCGUGUCUCACGGAGGAAUGAAAUUCCAUUUGCUGUGAAUAUAAUGGGACUCUUGUGUGCUCGCUGCAAGCAGGCUUGUAAGGGAGACCUUGGCACCUUUAUAAACCUCCACUGUCCAUAAAGGAGGCGUACGCCAUUCAUAAAAAGGGGUAAGUCCGGUUUUUGGGUGUAAUUUAAGGACGAACCUAAAAUGCACUGCAACGUUUACAGGAGUACCUAACCACAUGUCCAACAGUUUGAUGUUUCAAUACUUGGGGCACAACUCUAGCAAAAGUCAAUGGAAAUUUUUACAACAGGUGUUUGUUGAGAAAGAAGCAAAAACAGCAAGUUGGGCAAAAAGUGCUGAAACGUUGAACAGGAGGAUGUGUACUGUAUUUCAAUAGAUCACCUGCAAAGUACAAUUUAGGUCGAUCUGGAUAUUUCAUUUGAAAGCCGACUCGCUUUUUCUGCAUUUUAUCCAUAAUUUAAAUAGAUAAAUAACAUGUCUGUGACAUGCGUUCGUUAAAAGAUGUACGCCAAAGACCAAGAAAAUAAUUCUCAACUUGCUGAAAGGAAAAGCUCCUUUCUAUUGCGUAGGGGGUGGGUGAGGAGGGGCUCAACUUCUGGAUGUACUUUGUGUAGGUGGUACAUGGACACAUCGGCAAACCCCCCAAAAAAACAGCGCUCGCACUUCACCUGGUUGACGAUAAAGGUCCGCAUAUUAGGUGCGUGCAUGUGUGUCUUUAUUAUGUUUUCAUUUUCUUCAAACUUGCAUUCAAGUUGCGCAAAUCAGGGGUGCGAAACCUUUCAGUUUCAAGUCGUCCGAGGACUACCCUAAAUUCAGGAAAAUAUGUUGCGAUUUACGAUAAACGCAUUUUGAUAGUCAUUUAUUUGACACUUGUGGUUUUUUUUUUUAUCCCAGUUUCUCAAAUGUUUUAUUUGUUUUUAAGAAUUAUAGGGCGGACCAGAUUAAAACGCUUUUGAUGGUCCAUAACAGGCCCAGGAACCGCAGGUUCCCCACCACUGAUCUGAACAGUGCUGUUGAAAAUGUGAGAAAUAAAAGAAGUCUUGUUUUUGUUAAAAAAAAAAAGUCUACCUAAAACCGAAUUUUUAUUAUUAUUACCUUUUUUGGGAUGCUCUUCCAAACAAGCCCCAAAGGUAUUUGACCUGUAUAUUGUUUGCAUAGGUUCCCCACAUAAGAUUAUCAAACUAAUGUAAAGAUAAAAUCACUUAAAUAGACUAUUUUUGAUAACGUGGAAGUCAGCCUAAAGAUGUCUGGAACAAAAUGCCAUGAUCCUAAGAAAUUCACAGCAAAGUCUCAUUUACAGGAACAUUUACCGUCUAUAUGUACGUAUCUUCCCGACUUGGACUGAAACUAGCUUAUCUUUGAAACAUGCAAACGUGCAACAAUAGCUUCCGAGAGUACACAUUACCGAUCCAAACCACAGAAACCGCUUUGAAAUCCUUUCUGCGUGACUGACUGUAAAACGGAUAUGGCAGUAAAAGACAAAAUAAGCAUAAAAAAUGUAUGCGGUAAAAGGCAGAGGUGGAAUAUUGAAGUGAAACCUAAUUAUUUUUGCAGAACAGGGAUGCAAGUUUUAUGUGAAUCAACAAAUCCUAACCGACUGUUUUCUCUGUGAAAUUUCACUUCCAUUUCCUAUACAUGAUUAGAUUGAUUCACAAAUGCUGUCAUGUAAUCCUUCUGAGCGUGUAGUCUGGUGGAUAUGUGUGACUUAUACAUGUCUGUUAUUCAACUGGGUUGGCGCAGUGGAACUGCUAAUUAAAUUUAAGUGCCAAACAGUUGA